UUUUCAAACAAGCCCAUUAUUAUCAGUACAAAUAAAGCAAAGAAGUUUAUUUUCUUUUUAUUAUUAUUAUCAACAUGAAAUUUUUAAUCCUUGGUUUUGCAGCCAUGGCACACCUUGUACUGCUUAUAUCUGCUAAUCCUGUUCAAAAGAUACCUCUCUAUAGACGAACACAUCAUGGAUUCCGAUCUACCAAAGCAAAAGAACUUAAAAAUGGCAUGUUGGGUGGAACUGUCCAGAUUGGCAACCCACCUCAACUGUUUACGUUGGCAUUUGAUACGUCCAAGGGCUUCUCAUGGGUACGCACUGUCGAUUGUCAAGCAGAAAACUGUCAUCACCGUUGUGCUCUUGAUCCUCGUCGUUCAACCACACUCAUAGAUACCCAAUUGCCUUUUACCAUGCAUUAUGGUAAAGGUGUGGUCAAUACUACUGUCUUUUUGGAUACGUUUCGGUACGGUGGUCUGACCGUACACCAGAUGCCGUUUGGUGGUGCUUAUGCGAUGGACAAGUUCGACGAAGGAUUCGAUGGGUUUCUUGGUCUUGGUCGAAAUAUAAAUUUGAAUGUAUCGAUUCACUAUGCAAAGCGAGAUCUCCCUGCUUCAGGAUUUGUUCCCAAUGCUUUUCAGCAAAGUGCUGGCCUACAGAGUGCUCAGUUUGGUAUGUACACAACCAACGUAGUUCAUGGAUUUUCCUCUAGUGGUUCAUUGUCGAAAGAUGAAAUGCAGCAACAAAAAGAACAACCUUCAAUUCAACAACUAUCAUAUACUCCAUCAUUAUCUAUUCCAUCAUCAUCUACUCCAUCAUCUCAACCUAUUCAACAACAGCAUAAUCAACCAACAAAACCAUCGAGUGUAACAUCAGGCGGCAUUGGUUCUUUAUCAAAGCGUCAUUACAAAGAACAAGAAGAACCUGCAGGCUAUCUUGUUAUUGGUGGAAUAGAUCGAGACGCUAUUCAAGGAAACUUGUUCCAUAUCCCUUUAAGUGCUAAUGAAUGUGAUGAUCAUUGGGCUGUUCCUGUCAAAGAAGCCAAAUUUGAAGACUCUUUCCAUAUCGAUUCUCAUGCCAAAGCCAUCCUAAGUACCUCGACUGAUGUCAUUGGACUACCUUAUCAACAAGCUCAAGAAUUUAAAGAACGUUGGUAUGCUGUUUACGAUGAACAAGACAAUACGUUUAUGAUACCUUGUUGUUUAAUGCAACAAUUGACGUCUUUCAAGAUUCGUCUGGGCGAUAUUCAUGUGGUUAUCCCACCUCAUUAUUGGAGUUAUCCUCGUCAAGUCGAUAGUUGCUGUGAGCUAUGUCGUACACACAUUGGUAAAAGUGAAUCAGACACUGAUUUUGUGAUUGGUUCUUCUUUUACCAAUGCUUUCUAUACUCAAUAUGAUGCUGAGCAGGAACGCAUUAGUUUAGCUCUUAAAAAGAAUCAUCACCAUGAUGGACUCAAGGUCUAUCAAGCUUAAAAUUGCAUUAAACCUAUGUGUAACUCUUUUUAUGAUGUGAUGGAGUUGGACUGCUAAAAACAAU